AGAAACUGCCUGUUCUGGCUCAUACAGCCUGUAACAUAUAAAAGCUGUUAGCAGCUCCUGUGGCCAGAAGCUUCAAAACCAGCAGACUUUUGUUCUUUGGGGGUUUGUAAUAAGAGACACUCCUUUCACAAAGGUUCAUAUCAUCAUAUAGGAGAGUGCUAUAUAUACUGGGAGAACAGUAGACUGUAUUAUUUUUUUUUCUUUAUUUUUUUUUUCUUGGUAUUAUCCAGAGAUCUGUUUUCUGCUGCCCUGACUUAAAGCAGAGUACCUCUGUGGCCUAUCUUUCUUCUUUGGCCCCAAAAUGACAGCAAUCACUGCAAUCAGUUGUGCUUUCUUAUUUUCCAUUCUCUGUGAAACAAGUGCAUUAGUGUUACCCAACUCCACUGACCUACUCCUGUCAGACAAUAAUUUCACUGACAUUGAGACAGCUUUGGCAGCUCAUCUGGACUCUGCAAAAAUUCCCAAAGCCAGGCGGAAGCGCUACAUUUCACAGAAUGACAUGAUUGCCAUUCUUGAUUAUCAUAAUCAAGUCAGAGGCAAAGUCUUCCCACCUGCUUCCAACAUGGAAUAUAUGGUUUGGGAUGAAACUCUUGCCAAAUCUGCAGAGGCUUGGGCUGCUACAUGCAUUUGGGACCAUGGGCCUUCCUACUUACUGAGAUUCUUGGGCCAGAACCUGUCUGUAAGAACUGGAAGGUAUCGAUCUAUUCUCCAGCUGGUAAAGCCAUGGUACGAUGAGGUGAAGGAUUAUGCUUUCCCUUACCCUCAGGAUUGCAACCCCAGGUGCCCCAUGCGAUGUUAUGGACCCAUGUGCACCCAUUACACACAGAUGGUUUGGGCCACUUCCAAUCGUAUAGGCUGCGCCAUCCACACAUGCCACAACAUGAACGUCUGGGGAUCUGUAUGGCGACGAGCUGUUUACUUGGUAUGCAACUAUGCCCCAAAGGGGAAUUGGAUUGGAGAAGCACCAUAUAAAGUAGGAGUCCCAUGUUCUGCUUGCCCUCCAAGCUAUGGAGGUUCUUGUACUGACAAUCUUUGUUUCCCAGGAGUAACGUCAAACUACUUAUACUGGUUUAAAUAA